GACAUUGCUGCAUAUAUAAAGAAAGAAUUUGACAAAAAAUAUAAUCCGACUUGGCAUUGCAUUGUUGGCCGCAAUUUUGGAAGUUAUGUUACACAUGAAACGAGGCACUUCAUAUACUUCUAUCUGGGCCAGGUGGCCAUACUGCUAUUCAAGAGCGGUUAAAUUUUAAAUUGACUAUUGCACAUGUCCCCUUCCAAUAUGCAAAAAUUAAUUAAAAAAUAAAACAAAUAUUUCACCAUCUACUCUUACAAAAAUAAAUAUUUUUAUGAGCAUUAGCCACUCGUUUUAUUUUUUUUUUAAAUUUUUGAUUACCAAAAUUAUACAAUAUUUAUAACAUUCCCCGUGCAUUUUUUAAAAUUAUUAUUUAUAAGAGUUAAAUGACGAUAUCUAUUGGAAGGGCUUGACAAUUUUUCUCAUUACUAACUAUUUUUAUUAUUAUUUUUUUUUCUAAACUAAAAUGUGCGAGUAGCUUUUAAUAUAUAUUAUAUAUAUAUAUGAGUGUGCCAUCAUCAACAAUGGCUUAUACUCUUUUUAUUCCCCUCGCCGUUUUUAACUCCCUUCUUAACAGGCUACUCUCAUUCUUGCAUUACUAUUUUAUUAAAAAUAUGUUAACUACACAGUAAACAAAUAUUUUAUUAGUACUUUCAUGUCCUUAACUAUAUUACUAUUGUAAUUAUUUCUAGUCCAUAAAAAACAAAUAUGUUAAUGAAAUUUGGGACUGUAUUGUGUAUAAUUUAAAUAGUUACUUAGAUUAUGUUGGGUUGCAUGUAUGUUCAUAAUAUUAAGAAAACUUUUGUAACCAGAUAAACAGUUUUUAAAAUUUCUUGUAAAUUAUAUGCAGUCCAACAUUACAAUGAUAAUAAUAUAACAUUAUUUUCAAUGGAAUGAGAACACGUCACCGACAUAGAUAACAGUUAAAAGUGGAUUAUGUUGUUAUUGUUUACUUAUGUAUAAUUUUUUUUUUUAUUAAUAUGUUUAUGAUACUUAUAGAUCUUUGAUAGAUUUUUUUUUAAAUAAUUGGUUUAUUUAUUAUUAUUUUUUUUUUUUUUUGCAACAUAGAUAUAUGAAAAUUAUUUUGUGUUCUUUGACUGGUGUAAACAAGAAUGUUUCAAGUAGCGUCUUAACAUUGAUGAUUAAAAAAUUCUAAAAUAAAAUUUUAAAUUAACAGUUCUAUAUUCUCACUUAAUUAUAGUAUAAUAAUUAAUUA